AUGUUUCAGCAGCUUCAUGAUUGUGAAGAUUAUUACGAUCACGUCUACUCUGUUCGCGAGCCUUUGUAUGACGUAUACGAUGAAGAUGUUGUGAUGGGCUUCCAUGAAGUGCAAACUGAAAUGCUCCGGAAAGUUCAUGACGAGCUCCAAAAGAUGAAAGUUUGUAUAGCGGAUAGUGUCAAGCGUCUCGAGAAGACCGUUAAUCAUAUGGUGGAGUUGGUGAAAGAUAUGAGAUCUAGUGAAGAAAAAGCUAGUGAUGGUAACGUUCAACAACCUUCUCAAAGAUGUGUAUCAGUUACGCAAUCGGCGAACUCAACGCUAAAACGUGGACGACCUCGAACGGUUCCGUUCCGCAAAUGUCAAACUUCACAUGUUGGCAAACCAAGAAAUAUUAGCCCAAUAACGUACAGAGAAGGUCUUGUCUCUACACGGACUCAAAAACAAGGUACACUACCUCAAGCACCUUCCAUGCGAUGGAGAUUCCAAGUUUCAGCCUAUGCUCUAGAUGGUGCAAUGGAAAAAAAUUCUUUUGGUGGGGAAGGUGGUAAAGGAAACCAUCCAUUUGAUCGUGGAAAAGUUAGGAUCAUGGAGAAGCUGUUCUCAAAGAUUGGUAUGAACUUUGGGGACAAAGUUCUUUUAGAGGGUGGAGUAUCAAAGGGGUUGAUUAAGUUCACUCCUAACAGCGAAAACGAGAUAAAGUCUCUAAAGUACGAAGUCCAUGUAGUUUCUAGAGAGCUUGAGAUACGCAACGAAGAGAAGAACAUGUGUAUUAGAUCUGCAGACGCUGCCAACAAGCAGCACUUGGAAGGGGUGAAGAAGAUAGCUAAGUUGGAAGCGGAAUGUCAGAGACUUAGAAGUCUUGUGAGGAAAAAGCUGCCGGGACCAGCUGCGCUUGCUCAGAUGAAGCUUGAGGUUGAGAGCUUAGGAGGCGGAGACACACGUCUGAAGAGAUCUCUAAGCAAGGCUUCUAGUCCCUGCAAGUUAGCUUGUUUGCCAAAUCAAAAGCCAGAGGAUAGUCCAGCAGUGAUGGAAUUCAGAAAUAGAUUAUCAAAGGUUCUUGAAUCCGUAUCUGCUGAUGCUGACUUGGGAAAGAUUCUGGAAGAUGUAAAAUGCAUUUUGCAAGAUGUGAAUGUUUGUGUGGACCACGACAAGCCUUCUGAUGUGCAGGGCAUUCACCAAGAUUUGAAAACUCCUGUUUCUCGGAUUCAUGAGUUUGUUUUGUUGCUAAGGACAGGUGAGGACACUGUGACCGAAGGAAAUGAUUUGGUUGAACUGAUCAAUGGCUUCACCAUCACGUUCGACCAUGUUCUAAGUGGCGUGAAAAAAUUGGAUGAUUUUGUUUCAGAUCUUGCUAAUGUCUUCAACGAGGCCAUGGAGCUAAAGGUAACCUUCAGGGGUCUUACUUCCUCCGAGGUUGAAACUGUGAGUCCAGAUUGCAUAGAAAAGGUUGUGUUACCCGAGAGCAAGGCUAUAGAUAAAGAUUGAUCUAAAGAAAUAUAUCAAAAUGGAUGUUUUCACAACGAGCCAGAGGCUCCAUAUGAAUCCGACUCCAAGUCACAUGAAAUAGAAGAACUGAAAUCAUAAAGAGAAAAGAUGGGAGUGGACAUUGGAGGAGCUCAAGUUUCAGCUACAAGAAUCUGAGCAGAUGUUAGCUGACAUCAGAUCACAGUUAGAUUCUUCUCAGAGGUCAAACUGGCUCGCGGAUACGCAACUCAGAUGUAUGACUCAGUCAUACAGAUCACUUGAAACACAUGCCGCUAAUUUGGAGAUCGAUGUGAACCAGCUUAAGGAAAAGGUAAGGAGUUUAGAGAAUGAGCUCGAGGAUGAAAAACUCAACCUCCAAGGCUGUUAUGAGGUGCCAUGAACUUGAAGAACAUAUUCAAAGGGCAGUAAUAUAAAGCUUUACUAGAAUAUUAUUGUUUCUGCCACUUACUAUGAUCCAGUUUAGUGUAAAGUAGUCUGGAUGUUUUACUUACUUUUUAGCCUAUAUAUUUCCCCAGAAACAUAAACUCUUCUUUG